AUGAAGUCGAUAAUAUCAAGUUGGUUGGCCAUUGGGGCUUUUGCCUCAUCGGCAUGGGGGCAAACACUCACGAGUAGUGAAAUUGAGAAGAUGGGAAACAAUACGUUGUUUACUCUCGCGCGCUGGAGACCAUCUUCUCAUUUUCUUGCACCUGCAGGCUGGAUGAAUGAUCCCUGUGCGCCUAUGUAUGAUCCUGUUCGGGAUCUUUACCAUUUACAUUAUCAGUUCCAUCCAAAUCAUGUUGCCUGGGGCAACGUAUCCUGGGGACAUGCCACAUCCCAAGAUUUAAUUACCUGGACGGAUGUCGAUCACUAUCCCGACGACGAACUCCCAGCUUGGAAGGACUACCAAGCCCAAUCAAUUGGCACGACCAAUCUAACCAGUUCUCACCAUGACCCAGAACUUUACAACCACCUGUCAAUUUUCUCAGGCAGUGCUCAAGCUGUUAACCUCACUGGCGGAGUCGAUGGUACAAUUCUCGCCUUCUACACAGGUGCCUCCGAACUUCCAACUGCAUGGAACGAAGAGUAUUUCCCAGGAACAGAAAGCCAAGGGCUGGCGAUCUCCAAAAAUGGAGGCCUCACAUGGGAGCACUAUGAGAAUAAUCCCAUUCUCAGUGCUCCUCCCGGUGAUUGGAACAUCACUGGCUGGCGUGAUCCGUUCUUCAUGCCAUGGCCACAACUGGAUACAUUAUUAAACAUGACUGAGCCUCACUGGUACGCUGUCUGGGGAUCUGGUAUUCGUGAAAUUGGUCCUCGCAUGCCAUUAUAUCAGGCUCCUGCCUCCGAUCUGACUAACUGGACAUUCCUGGGUUCUCUUUGGGAGCCAGAGAAGAAUACAUCGCUUGGAAGUCUUGAGGAAACCGGCUCGUAUGGCUUCAACUUCGAACUUUCCAACUUCUUUUCGUUUGGCGAUCGAUACUUUGUGAGCAUGGGAGCCGAAGGAGGCAAUACCAGCUUCCAUCAGAACAAAUGGUCAUUGUGGAAUGAGGGUAAUGUGUCCGUUCGAUCCAAUGGAAGUAUCGCUUUUGAGCCCAUUUCUGGAGGAGCAAGUGACUAUGGUCUCCUUUAUGCGAUUAACUCAUUCGAUGACAUUAAGAAUAACCGCCGUAUUCAAUGGGGUUGGGCACAGGAAGAUUUGAAUGACUUUGCCGCCACACAAAUGGGUUAUCAAGGCGCCUUCUCACACCCACGAGAGAUUUUCAUCAAAGACACCCGAGGCGUUGCCCAUGACCCCUCCAAUACCACACUGACAAGCUCCCGUUACUUCAAAAACCCCGAUGGUAGCUGGACAGCUAGUACUCUUGGUGUGCGUCCCGCCCCCGAUGUUAUCAAAGGUCUCCAUCGUGGUGCCCAACACACCAAGUAUGCGUGCAGUAAGCGACGAUGUGACAGGCAGAAGAUCAACCUCCCAUGCAACCUCACGUCAUCUUACCAAUUCAACGUGACCAUUGAAAAUACCACUGGGAUGGCUGGAAUCACCGUCGGUGCUUCCCCAGACGGCGAGGAAUACACCAACAUCUACUUUGACCCUUCGAGCAACGAAAUUGUCGUGAACCGCACCCAUUCCUCUCUCAUUCAAGAUGCUAAUAAUGCCUCUCACGUUGGUUUCUUUGAGCCUUAUCAGCUCAAGCAGAAGAACGGCACAUACAUCACGGAGCCUGUCCAGUUGAAUGUUUUCAUUGAUGGCUCCCUGGUAGAAGUAUACGCCAAUGAUCGUUUCGCGCUUACUAGCCGGAUUUAUCCCAGUCGAGAGGAUAGUACCGGAGUCGCUCUCUUUGUUGCCGAGGGUGCUGAUGUAAAAUAUUCCAAUCUUGAAAUUUGGGAUGGUCUGUUAGAUGUUUGGCCGAGUAGACCUCAGAAUAGCAGCUCCCUCUUGGUCUGGGACACGGCGGCUGCUACGGGCAAUUAUACUUGGUGGGCGGGCAAUUAG